CUGCACUGCACAGUCCUGUAUGCUGAAGAACAUCUUUUUUCAGGUUAAGAUGGAGGAAGUAUUGGUAAAAGAAGAGCCAGCCGGCUGGUUUCCUGACACAGAGGAAGGCCUUGAAAACUUACAGUACACCGAGGCGGACACCAGCCUCGGGUACGGUGGCCAGCAGGCGACCUACCAGGGUGGUUGUCUGCCCUGGGAGCUGGCCGCCGUUGCCUCCCAGGCUCACACCCUCGACGCUCACCUGCCGCAGGGCAUCCCGGGACCCUCAAGAAUACAAGGGACAGAAGAUCCGUCCCAAACAAGGCCAAUGAAUGAGAAGUUUGUACUUACUGACAUACUAGAGGCAGCCAGUUCACACAAAUCAUCGUUUGUUGACAUUGGAACUCUCGACUUGUCUUAUCCAAAAAGGUUUUCUGCCCCUCUCAUCAAAAUGAUUCUAACAACUAAGUUUCUUCCACACAAACAUUGGAAACCUCCACAGCGGCAGUUUGGCAAGUACAGAAGGCGUGUGCCGGAGAAGUUGUUCAACAACCCGCAGUAUCCUAUGCUGCGAUACAGUGUGGCUCAGGACGGCCUCUACUGUGCCCCCUGCGUGGCGUUCCAGAACAUUGACGCCAUUCUCGUCAGCAAGCCUCUUCAGGACUGGAGUAAUGCCAUUCGUCACACGAUGUAUCAUCUACAGUCUGAGGGACACAGAUAUGCUCUUCAGAUGGCAGACAAGUUUUUGAAGAGUUAUGAAGCUCAGAAGUGUGAAGUUGACACAAGUUCGUCAGAGUUGUCAUCACCUGCGGUGGCCCAGGAGCCAUCCAGUAAAACUGUUGGUCACAAUCCUCCACCAGACACAAGCGAUGGACCAGUUGUAUAGUUAUAACUUAUUCCCCCGCUUUUUAUGUUGGUCAACUUGACGUGUUUUGAGUGUACCAGCAGUAGUUUCCCGAGCAUCGGUGUUCCCGACUUACACUUUUUGUAUCCAUAUGUUUGUGUUGAGGCCCAUAAGAGUGGUGGUGUGGGACCCUGGGUGUGACCACUGUGGCUCCUAGUACAGUACAGUAGUUAGAGAUGAUGUCACCAGGCACACUUGUAGUAUUGCCUGAUGGACACAGUCUUAGUUAUGACACACUGUAUAAAGUUGUCCUCCACUUGUGAUGUUUACCACACCCUCUAUGGUUAUCUUUGUUUGUAAUAGAGAAUCAUUUACCAGUACACUGCAUUCUUAACUGUACAGUAUUUUGUGAGUACAGUAAACCCUCAAUAACUUGGCAUAUGUGAAGCUCUGGCCUUUCCAAGUUAUCCCAAAUUCUGACUUAUCGAGGCACUCCCCGACACAGAGGCAUGGUAGGUGACACAGAGGCAUGGUAGGUGACACAGAGGCAUGGUAGGUGA